CUUCUCCAAGCUCGGGGGAAGCCAGGCGAUGCCUUGUGGCGACGCUAAGCCGUCCGUGUGAAUUGUGAAUUAUUCCUGCUUCCUUUAAUAUUCGGAUUAAUUUUAACCUUAAAAUUGCUAUUCGUCCCGGGCGAGUAAAGACAUUUAUCGCGUAGUAUUUCCAGAGAAUGACAACAGCCAGCGGAUCGGCCAGCAUUACGGGCUCGUCGUUGCCGAAAUGGCAACUUGCGUUGGCCGUCGGUGCGCCGGUAGCUCUCGGCCUUGGCUACAUGUACUAUAAGAACAGUUUGAAGCCAGUCCCAAGACGUCGAGGAGGAUCAAAAGGUGGAGCCGGCAAAGAAAACGGCACCUCAAAAGACGUGGAACUAUCGGUUGACAGUGACAUUCUCCCGACAACGCUUUCGGCUUGCGAGUCGGAAAAUGAGUUCAAAAAAGUGUGUUCCGCACAAACUCCAUUGGAAAAGGCAACACAGUACAAGAAUGAAGGAAACAAUUACUUCAAAUCUGGAAAAUAUGACGAAGCAAUUUUAUCUUAUAACAAGGCCAUUGAAACCUGUCCACAAGAAAAUACCAUGGAUCUGGCAACAUUUUACCAAAACAGAGCUGCAGCUUAUGACCAGUUGAGAAAAUACAGCGCAGUCAAAGCAGAUUGUACAAAAGCGUUGGAAUUAAAUCCUCGAUAUGUAAAAGCGCUGCAACGCAGAGCACGAGCUCUCGAACACAGCAACGACUUAGUUUCUGUUCUGGAAGAUGUUACAGCUGCUUGCAUCCUUGAACAAUUUUCUAAUCAAUCAACGCUUGUGAUGGCUGACAGAAUUCUAAAACAGCUCGGCAGGCAACAUGCAAAGGAACAUAUGGCAAAUAGAAAAUCAGUUAUGCCAAGUAAGCACUUCAUCAAAACAUACUUCAGUGCUUUCAGUAAGGAUCCAAUUCUGAGUAAACUUGACGAAUUCAAAAUCGCUGAGCCUACCACAGGCUAUGCUAAGGCCAAGCAGACAAUUAGAGAAGAGAAAUAUGACAAUGUGAUAUCUUACUGUACCGAGGAAAUUGAGCACCCUGAUUUUGUACCAGAAGCUUGUAUGGAGGUAUACCUCCUCCGCGCUACAUUCUAUCUAUUAUUAGGAUAUCACGAGGAUGCUAGUGCAGAUCUUGCAAAAAUUAUAAACAGUAACAGUACCAGUAAAGAAUUGAAAGUGAACGCUUUGAUAAAAAGGGCCAGCAUGUACAUGCAACUAGAGGACCCUGACAAGUGUUUCCUUGAUUUUGAAAAAGCGAUUGAAAUUGACCCAAAAUGUGGAGAUAUUUAUCAUCACAGGGGACAGGUGAAUCUGCUUUUAGAAAAAAUAAAUGAUGCUCAAGAUGAUUUCAAAAAAGCAGUGGAUCUUAAUCCCGAUUUUGACAUUGCGUUUGUUCAAAAAUGUUACACGGAUUAUCGGCAUGCUGUGGUGUCAAAGGACAUGAACAAGGUAGCUGACGUCAUGACGGAAUUUAAACGAGCAUUUCAGAAAUUUCCGGACUGUGCAGAAUGCUACACACUCUAUGCACAGAUCUUAUGUGACACGCAAGAUUACGCUAAGGCAGAUUCUUAUUUUGCUAAAGCAAUUGAAAGAGAUCCAAAUAAUGCCAACAUUCAUGUACACAGAGGGUUAUUGCACUUACAAUGGAAUGGAAACAUUAAUAAGGCAAUCGAGUAUAUUAACAAGGCAUUGAUAUUGGAUGAUAAAUGUGAAUUCGGUUACGAGACAUUGGGAACUAUUGAGGUACAAAGAGGUAAUCUUAAAGAGGCAAUUGAACUUUUUGAUAAAGCGUUGGCACUUGGUCGCACAGAAAUGGAGUUGACGCACAUCUUUAGUCUGAAGGAUGCUGCAAAGACUCAAUUAACAGUGACUGAAAGAUUAGGCUUAUCUAGUUUACUCGAAAUACCAACGCCUGGUAAUUAAUGGAAAUCAACACUGUAUCAUAUGAAAAUAGGAGCCUACAUUUUGGAGGUAAUCGAAUACUGAGGUUACAAUCAUUGGUUGUGAGAGAUGGAAUCAAGUAUGUUUUGUGAAUUUUAAGUAAAAACAUGGGCAAUUUAAAUCAGAAAGUAAAUGACUGAUCAAUUCAUGAAUUACUUUUAUACUACUCUUUGUAAUAUACUUUAUUCUAUUGGUUGGAAAUAGCAAUACAAAAUGGAAAUUUCACAUGAAUGUUAUUGGCAAUAAAACGUAAUCUGAUAAUUCUGUACAAAUCUUAUAAAUUUUAGUACAAUGGGGCUAGUUACACUGUUCAACUGGGAAUGGAUUAGCGCAUGUUUACUGCAUAGGGUAACCCAUGUACAGAUUAACAUUCGUUGUUAUAUUAAAAAAAGAGAACUAAUUUGAAAUUCUUUUUAAAAUAUCAUCAUAUCUGCAUGCUUGUCCAAUGCAUUAAUACACUUGCAAAACAAUGUAACAAUAUUUGUAAAGGAUAAUAUUGAAAUUUAAAAGUAAGUGAUGAAGCUGUUAGAAUUAUGUUAGAAACUUUUGCAUUUGGAAAAAGUACCAUCCAUUUAAGUUAGCUUGUGAUUGAUUUCUUCAUUAUCUGUCGUACAAGCGAAAGCAAGUUUUCUACCAAAACAACUAUGGCUGUUUCUCAACAUUCUUAACUUUUAUCAAAUGUAGUAUAUUUUUGUGCUCAUUUUUGUCGUGGAUUAGUUACAGGCUUGUGUAAAUAAACCACUCACUAAUCUUUGGUGUGUAUGAAAUUCAAUUGUUAAAUAUAAAUAUAUUACAUUAA